ACGUCGAGAUGGAAGUCUACCACAAGAUGGAAGGCGGCAAAGAGAUGCUUGAAAGACCCCCGGUCUACACAGCCUCUCCUCGGCUGCCCGGACUGCCCUGCAAAAAGCCCCUAAUCAUUGUGGUUGUGGUGGUUGUGAUUGUCCUGGUUGUGUUGGGCUUCCUGCUGAUGGGACUGCACAUCACGGAGAAACAUACAGAGACGGUCCUGCAAAUGACCAUCCAAGGUCUGGAUGGCAAAGGGUCUCCCCAGCACCUUUCCAUGAGCCGGAAGGAGAGGCUGGCCACCUUCCACGUCCAUGGGGCAGCCAACACUUCCGCCACCGUGGUUUAUGACUUCGGCAAUCUUGUGAUUGGCUACCGAUCAUGGCCCGAAGGGAAGUCCUGUUAUCUCACCCGAAUGGAUAAGGAAAACAUCCAAAGCCUGGAUGAGGUUGUCAAGGUGUUCCAGCACAUCCAGCCAAAGCCUUUUAUGCCAACCUUCAAAAGGGGCAAAGAAAAGGAGACAGGAAGUGACCCACAGGCCCUUGCUGACCGCUCCAUGCUGGGCACCACGAUCAACAUUCUUUGCAGCAGCGUGCCCAUCUACUGGGCAUAGAUAGAGACAUAGAACAUCCUGCAACAGUUGUUAUGCCAUUGGGAUG